AUGACACGAUCGCUUGUCGGGGAGGACGCUAUGGAGGGCGCACCCGUGGCGCCGUAUCCGGCGGCUCCAGCACCGCUGGUUCCGGCUCUUUUUGUGCUGGGGGACUCCACAGUGGACUGCGGCACCAACAACUUCCUGUGGACGCUCGCCCGCGCCGACCGCCUGCCUUACGGUCGCGACUUCGAUACCCACCGGCCGACCGGAAGGUUCAGCAAUGGCCGCAUCAUCGUCGACUACCUCGGUAGCACGCAUCUCUACCGCUUCUUGAACAGGCAGGGUGGAAUGAUUCCUGAGGCCGCAUGAGCAGGGAUUUCUCGAUUUGUUCAAGAGACUUGAUGAUUCCCUCGGUGUGCUCUACUGGUUUUCUUACGCGAUCAAAUAAAUGCUUUAAGGAUAUCUUAGGGUGAUUGAGAUGAAGGCUUUCGGGGGGGCUUUUGUCGAGUUAUGAUUCACUGGACAGUGAAACUCUUUCUGAUCUGUAAUCCUUUGGUUUUCUUUAGCUGAGAUGAGGAUUUGACGACGUCUUUUGUUUCUUGUCUUAACUUUCCUUCCUCGUUCGACGUCAUUCAUUCUACUGUUCGUUUGAUUCCUGUCGGAUCUUAAAUUCUGGAGAGUGCUCAUUUCGAACUCGAGAUCUGGCCAUCUUCGGCUCUGAAUUCUCAACCCUGGCACGAUACGAUCAUAUCGGACGCUAACUUGCUGUAUCUUAUUGUCGUUCUGGAAAAGCUCUGCGCAUGGGCCUCCCAUUUGUCCCUCCAUUUUUAGGCCAGACCGGGAGGAUCGAGGACAUGAUCUAUGGCGUCAACUUCGCCUCUGCGGCAGCUGGAAUACUCUAUCCCAGUGGCUCUGAUCUUGUGAGAAGAAUCUCCUCUCAAUCUUCUGACGAGCAUCUGAUUGCUUCUCCGAAAUCAGUCCCAUUCAAUCUUGGAAUCACUGUUCUCGCCCCAAAUUUCAGGGCCAGCAUGUCUCCCUGACUCAGCAAAUACAGCAGGCCGCCGAUACUUUCCAGCAGGUUGCUCUAAAUCUGGGGGAAGAGGCCGCUUCCGACUUGAUCUCCAAGUCCGUGGUCUAUAUAUCCAUUGGCAGCAACGAUUUCAUCCACUACUACCUGCAAAAUCUGUCGAUGGUGCAGUCCCUCUACCAGCCCUGGGAAUUCAACCAGCUCUUGGUUUCCACAGUGAAACAGGAAUUGGAGGUACCCCCUGCCCUUCGCCCCAGCUCGCGCAGAUUCCUCCACCCUGCUUUGGCAAUGCUGCUCGCCCACAUUUCUGGUUAGAAGAUGGUCAUUAACCUAGAUGCCAUGCCCACUAAUCAGAAAAAGAUCUGGUUAGAAGAUGGUCGGUCAAUGAUCUCACAAUUCUUCAGAGUUCGAUUGUCAUCGAGCUGCAAUAUUGAAUUCGUCUGUAUAGUAUUCUUUAUUCAGCAAAAUCUGAGCUAACUCAGUGGUGGUCUCCUGUUCUUCAGCAAAAUCUAAUCGCUUCCGGUUCUUCUUCUUCCUCCUCAGAACCUGUACAGCGCUGGGGUGCGCAGGGUGGUUGUGAUGGGGCUGGCCCCCAUAGGGUGCGCGCCGCACUACCUGUGGCGGCGCAACAGCAGCGAGCCGGGCGACGGCUGCAUGGAGGAGGUGAACAACCUCGUGGUGGAAUUCAACCUCGCGCUGAGAUUCAUGGCCCACGAGCUCAACCUACGACUCCCCGACGCCACAUUUGUCUUCUGCGAUGCCUUCGAGGGCUCUAUGGACAUCCUCGCGAAUCGCCGGCUCUACGGUUCGACCGAAUCUACCUGAGAACCCUAAUUAAACAAACCUGUGGAGUCAACAACCUCCUUCGCCGUUGUUCUUCUUGGCAGGAUUUGAGACGACGACGGAAGCGUGCUGCGGACUGGGUAGGUACGGGGGCCUGGUAAUGUGCCUGGUGCCGGAGAUGGCCUGCCGGAACGCGUCGAGCCACGUGUGGUGGGACGAGUUCCACCCUACCGACGCGGUCAACGCCCUCAUGGCGGACAACGUCUGGUCCGGGGAGCACGUCCAGAUGUGUCAUCCCAUGAACCUGCAAGAUAUGAUCCUGCUGUGA